UUCGACCGCUUCGUCUCGGUCACCAGAGCGGUGAGCUACAGGGCUCAGAAAGGGAUGACCAGAAAUGCAGUAUUAAAGAUGAUAUUUGUAUGGGUUGCAGCUUUUCUUCUCUAUGGACCAGCCAUCAUCAGCUGGGAGUAUGUUGCUCAGAAAAGUAUCCUCCCUGAAGGAGAAUGUUAUGCAGAAUUUUUCUAUAAUUGGUAUUUCCUAAUGAUUGCUUCCACCAUUGAAUUCUUUACGCCUUUCAUCAGUGUUACAUACUUUAACUUAAGUAUUUAUAUGAAUAUCAGAAAACGCACUUCUUUAAGAAAUGAAAGCCUAGCACCCGGUCAGGAGGACUAUGAAAUGAAUUUCCAAAGGAAAAAGAGAGAGCACAUCAUAUUCUUUGUAAAACCUGCUGACAGACAAAGAGAUCAGAAAAGGAGAGCAAGCAGCCUUUCCCCCAAUAGACCUUGUGGUUCAAGGCUCAGCCUACAUAAAUUUGACAGCCAGUCAUUAAAUUUCCAUGUCAGCCAAGAUCUACCACCCUUGCAGGUGGAUGUUGAGACCAAACCACCCAAAGACAGUUUUUAUAAAGCUACAGAAGAUGUUUGCAAUACCACAAGAAGAACAGACAUUGCCAACACCAUGGCAAGCAGAUUUAGACUUUCCCGGGAUAAGAGAGUGGCCAAGUCUUUAGCAAUUAUCGUCUGUGUGUUUGGUUUGUGUUGGGCUCCUUAUACACUUCUAAUGAUCAUUAGAGCAGCUUGCCACGGGCAAUGUGUACAUCAUUCUCUCUAUGAAAUUUCAUUUUGGCUCCUCUGGCUAAAUUCAGCAAUUAACCCUAUUUUAUAUCCACUAUGCCAUAUGAGCUUCAGAAAGGCUUUUAUAAAACUGUUGUGUCCUGGCAAGGCCAAAAUUCAUCCCCACAUUUUUAUGUAAAAGAAAAAAGAUGCAUGGAAAAUAAGUUUUGCCAGAAAUAGAACAUUUCUGAAAGGAACAAGGCAGUUCAAAGUGUUCCUAGGAAUAAGAAUGGCAAUAAAUUGCAAGGGUUAAAGUUAAAAAUAUACAGUCUAGUUUGGAAGCGAGAAAAGGAGGGAAAAUGGGUUAAAUCUCACAGUACAUUAUCCAUCUAUAGAUUUCUCCCCCCUGCAUGAAAGGCCUGGUCCAAAGCUUAUUUAAGUUAACAGUCUAUUUAUUGGCUUCAGUGGGUUUCAGGUAAGGGCCCAAAUAUUAGUGCAUCUUUUUACAUAAAAUAUUGAACUAAAAACCUGACUCUGCUCUUGCCUACAAACAGUGUCACGUCUAAAAAAGGCACACAUUUCCCCCUCCCCUCCCCCCUCUUCACUUUGUUUAUGUUUUAGUACUUACAGGUAAACCCAGAGAUAAAAAGUUAUAAAAUGUAAAUACAGUAGCUCUUAUGGAUGAAUUUAGUAAGCAAUUUAAACCGAGCAGUUUUAAAGGAGGCAUACUAAAAAGCCUCAGCCUUAGACAUGUGUACAAGUCUGAAAAAACGAAGGGUAUUUGAAGGAUUAUUAAACCAUAUGGGACUAGAUUACAUUAAGCAAGGAACAAGACACCGAAGGUGUACCUUCAGGGUUUCUAUAGUGCCAAAUCUAACAAUUUCAAGGGGCAGCAAAGUCAAAGCAGCAGAGAAAUAUAAAUAUCCUGAGUAUAUACAUGGUAACAACAGAUGUAUGCAUCCUCUGUACAAGCAUCUUUAUUACAUAAGCAAUGUUUAAAAAGCUAAGUAUUAUGAGUUUAACUAUCCACAUCUGAUAAGUUAUUAUAUUUUUAAAAUGUAUUUUUGUAAUGCAACUUUUUAAAGUUAAGGAUAACACAAUCAUAUUGGUCAAAAGCCAUUAGCAAAAAUCCUCUCACCUUUUUCAGAAGUCAGAUAAAACAUGAAGACCCAUUCCAGAAUAAAAUAUGUAAAAAUCACCCAUCUUUCAAAAUGAAAGUCUAUCCCAUAAUAAUGUGGACUUGAAGCAGGGUCUGACAGAUGAGAAAGUUAGCAGCAUUAAUGAAAGCAUGAGUUAACUCACCCAACAUAAAUCUACACUAGUUUAUUUUGCUAGUUCUUCUCCCACAAGGCUGUUCUUAUCAGGAUCCCUACCUUGGCCAGUAUUAAGGCAGCUAGCAGGGGAAAAAAAAAGGAUCGAAUGGAUCUCCAUUUCUGUAUACAUUCUCUAAAGCAAGUCCUGUUCCAAAUAAGAAAAGGAAGAAGGAAAGAGAUAAGGAUGAUCAUGAAACACAGCUAAGAUACUGCACAGCCAAAAAAUAGUUAGUAGAGGUGUACCUAUCAGCCCCGUUACUCUUGCCUUCCAAAACUUAUCGUUGAAUUGAAAUGCAGGAAGCACCCAUCAUAGCUCCAUCAUACAACUCCUACCCAUAUGUUAGACUGCAAGUUCAGGAGUCUGCAGGGUUUUAUUGUUCAAAUUGGUCUUCUCUUUGCCUUCCUUCCCCGGGGGAGUCAGAAAGCAUACAGUCGUCUGUCACAUUUAGUGAAUAUCAGUUAUAAAAAGUAUGUGCUUGAGGUACAGGUCUUCACUACCCUGAACACGUUCUCCCCAUGAGCCCCAUUUAGAGAGUUUUGCAGCAACUUUUGCAAUAAUCUGAAAAGCAUUAGUACUGUCAACAGUGACAUGUCCAUCACAACUGCCAACACACAUGCUACUUAACAUUCGUAACCCACCUAGUAUGAGCUCUACAAAUUAUACUGUUUUAAAGUGUUACUUUGUAAAACCUCAAUAAAAGUAAUUUUAAGAAUUGCUGGUGUCAUAAUUG